AUGUUCUCUGCUUUGAUUGCUUUGCCCCAGUCUAGCGACAACACCGGAAAGCUUGAUAGCAUUGACUCUGGGCAGGCGCAAAUCAUUGCAAAGACGUUGCGUCAUCAGCAACACCAAGUGUGUGAUGGAGAAGCUUUGCGUGCAGAGAGUCUCACAGCGCAGCAGCUCUCUCCAGGAGCAGCACUGUUGCUAAACCUUCUCCUUUUUCUUACUUUUGAGCAGGCAGCUAGAUUCGUCUCUCCAAUAAUUGUUCUAAGCGGUGCUGAUGUUGGCGGCUACGAUAAGGGCACUGCCUUCGCCUUCUUCUCGUCCAUAGAUUCACCCGAACACAGGAAUUGUCGUUUCUACCUGGACCGUUUUCCCAUCAAACGGUUUGGAGAUGGCGACAUGGACAUUGCCUACACCAUAGCGGUCGAAAAUGACGUGCGACCAGUGGCUCGAAUCCUGAGGAUGAUUUACCGCGAAAACAACUACUACUGCAUCCAUUUGAACCGAAAGGCUAAUUCAACCCUCUACACAGCAAUGAAGGGUCUGUUGACGUGUUUCAGGAAAAAUGUUGAAUUAGUUGAGAAGAAUUCUAGCUUUGCAGUGACACGAGGCGAUGAAAGUGUUCUACAGGCACAGCUUGUCUGCGCUGAACAAGCCUUAAAGCGCAAUAAAAGGUGGAAAUACUUAAUCAACAUUGACGAUGAUGAAUUUCCCUUGAGAACAAAUUUGGAGACUGUGGCCAUUUUGAAAGCCCUCAACGGAAGCAAUCUAGUUGAAGCCUUUUCCACCAAUAGCCUCAAACCAAAAGUGGGUAAUAAGACUCUCCCCUUAGAAGUCACUUGGUACAAGGGUGCCAGCCACGGAGCUUAUAGGCGAGAAUUUCUACAGGAAGCCGUCUUAGGCCAAGCUGUGGCCCCAAUUCGACAGUACCUACUGGAGCACCAAUCUUUUCCCAAUCCGGAGGAGUAUUUUUUCCCCAUUCUAACCUACAAUUCCAAAUUGCGUCUGCCCGGAGCAUGUGUGACUGCUCCCAGUCCUAAUACUGAAGUGAAAUUUGGCUUUCUUGCCGAAAUAUGCAUCCGGGAGGAUUACGGAGUCAGGUGUAUGACAAAGUAUGAUCGCUCUGUGUGUCUCCUUGGUAAUGAGCACUUACCAAUGCUAAAGGAGGCGUCACACCUCUUUGCGUCCAAAUUUGAUCCGAAUUAUGAGCCGGAUGCCUACACAAACCUCGAGAAGUGGUAUUUUGAUAGAAUUAAGGAUGAAAUGGAGGCAGGACUGAUGCCUCGCCCAGCUUAUGACACAUACAUCUAUUCCACGCUUUCCUGCUCACAACGGCAUAUCUGA